CCGAUAUAUAGACGGGCGCGUACCUAGGAGCGGCACUGGGUUCUCGGCGUCGAGCACCCGUAGAGCCGGAGCUGCAGCGAACAUCCAGGCAUCCUCCGUCGGGACAUGCUUCUGCCCUGCGCCCUAGUGGCCGCGCUGCUAGCGGCCAGCCACGCCGCCAACCCUUGCUGCUCGAACCCCUGUCAGAACAGAGGAGUGUGCAUGACGACAGGGUUUGAUCGUUACGAAUGUGACUGUACAAGGACAGGUUACUACGGGGAGAACUGCACGAAACCGGAAUUCUUCACCUGGCUGAAGCUAACAUUGAAACCUUCGCCCAAUACUGUCCACUACAUCCUCACCCACUUCAAAGGAGCCUGGAAUGUCGUCAACAGCAUUCCCUUCUUACGAGAUGCCAUUAUGAGAUAUGUAUUAACAUCGAGGUCACACCUGAUUGACAGCCCACCAACUUACAACAGUGAUUAUGAUUACAAAAGCUGGGAAGCUUACUCCAAUCUUUCCUAUUACACAAGAAGCCUUCCACCCGUAGGACUUGACUGCCCAACGCCUAUGGGAGUUAAAGGUAAGAAGGAGCUCCCAGAUUCAAAGGUGAUUGUGGAGAAGUUUUUGCUGAGAAGAAAAUUCAUUCCUGACCCACAAGGCACGAAUGUGAUGUUCACAUUCUUUGCCCAGCACUUCACUCAUCAGUUCUUCAAGACGGACCACAAGAAAGGACCUGCCUUCACCAAAGCUCUCGGCCACGGGGUUGACUUGAACCAUAUUUAUGGAGAGACUCUGGAGAGGCAACUUAAACUGAGACUUCUAAAGGAUGGAAAGCUAAAAUACCAGAUAAUUGAUGGAGAAAUGUAUCCACCAACAGUGAAAGACACUCAGGCAGAGAUGAUCUACCCUCCUCACAUCCCUGAGCACUUGCAGUUUUCUGUUGGGCAGGAAGUGUUUGGUUUGGUGCCAGGCUUGAUGAUGUACGCUACAAUAUGGCUGAGGGAACACAACCGGGUCUGUGACAUCCUGAAACAGGAGCAUCCUGAGUGGGAUGAUGAGCAGCUCUUCCAAACUACCAGGCUGAUAUUGAUAGGAGAGACAAUCAAGAUCGUUAUUGAGGACUAUGUGCAGCACUUGAGUGGCUACCACUUCAAACUCAAGUUCGAUCCCGAGCUGCUGUUCCACCAGAGGUUUCAAUACCAGAACCGAAUCGCAGCUGAGUUCAACACUCUCUACCACUGGCACCCUCUUCUGCCUGACACUUUCCACAUCCAUGACCAGGAGUACACAUUCCAGCAGUUCCUCUACAACAACUCAAUAAUGCUGGAACAUGGCCUUUCCCACAUGGUGAAGUCUUUCUCCAAGCAAAGUGCUGGCAGGGUUGCUGGUGGGAAAAACGUUCCUGCUGCAGUAGAGAAAGUGGCAAAGGCUUCAAUAGACCAAAGCAGACAGAUGAGAUACCAGUCCUUGAAUGAGUACAGGAAACGCUUCAUGCUGAAACCAUUCAGAUCAUUUGAAGAGCUUACAGGAGAAAAAGAAAUGGCAGCUGAACUGGAAGAGCUUUACGGAGACAUCGAUGCUAUGGAGCUGUACCCAGGCCUCCUUGUAGAGAAGCCACGACCAGGUGCCAUCUUUGGCGAAACCAUGGUGGAGAUGGGCGCCCCCUUCUCCCUGAAAGGACUGAUGGGCAACGCCAUCUGCUCCCCAGAGUACUGGAAGCCUAGCACCUUUGGGGGCAAAGUAGGCUUUGAGAUCAUCAACACUGCCUCCCUGCAGAAGCUGAUCUGCCACAACGUCAAGGGCUGCCCUUUCACCGCCUUCCACGUCUUGCACCCCGAACCCACCGAGGCCACCAUCAAUGUUAGUACCUCAAAAACAGCAAUGGAAGAUAUCAACCCCACGCUGCUACUGAAAGAGCGCUCUGCUGAGCUCUAACAAAGCCACCUCCUUAUUUAUUUAACUUCCUAAUUUAUUCUAUUUAUGGCUUAGUCUUUAAAAGAAAGGAGCAUCUUCAUUGUGGGCAUGGCCCUAGGUUCUUUGCUAGGGUAAGGCUUCCACUUACAAAAGGGAUUUUGCUCUGUGAGCUCUGCAGUGUUGAGUCCCUUGUUUAAUGUCUUCUGUAACAGAACUAUGUAUUCCAAAGUGGAUGAAAGUUCCAGCUUUUUAAGUUUGUUGGGGGUUGUUUUAAUGUUGUUUUAAUACUUGACAGAAGGUGUGGGUAGUGUUUUGUGGCUUAGACUCGUAGAAUCAGUCAGGGUUGGAAGGGACCACAAGGAUCAGCCAGUUCCAACCCCUCUGCUAUGCCCAGGGACACCCUACCCUAGAUCAGGCUGGCCAGAACCUCAUCCAGCCUGGCCUUAAACACCUCCAGGGAGGGGGCCUCAAACACCUCCCUGGCUAACCUAUUCCAGGCUCUCACCACUCUCAUGCUCAACAACUUCCUACUCACAUCCACUCUGAAUCUCCCCACCUCCAGCUUUGCUCCAUUCUCCCCAGUCCUGUCACUCCCUGACAGCCUCAAAAGUCCCUGCCCAGCUUUUUUGUGGACUGGAAGGCCACAAGAAGGUCACCUUGGAGCCUCCUCCAGCCUGCACAGCCCCAACUCUUUCAGUCUGUGCUCACAGCAGAGCUUCUGCAGCUCUCUGAGAAUCCUCAUGGCCCUUCUCUGGACACACUCCAGCAUCUCCACAUCCUUCUUGUAAUGGGGCCUCCAGAACUAGAUGCAGUACUCCAGGUGGGGUCUCAUCAGAGUGGAUUAGAGGAGGAGAAUCACUUCCCUGGCCCUGCUGGCCACACUUCUCCUGAUGCAGCCCAGGAUCUUCACUUGAUAGGUUGCCUAGCACUACAAAAGUUAACUGCCUCAGCAACUACUUAAACUUGAAAACAGUCCAUUGAACAAGGGGGAAAAAAUUGACUUAAUGCAAACUGCCAAAAAAGAUGAUGAUGACUUUGGUGAGAGAACUUAGAUUAAGAGGAAAAAAAACCAUCAAGAAGUGAGUCUCAAUUUUAAGUCAGGACAGUUUGCAUUUAGCACUGAUACUACCUCUCCCUCCCUGCAGAUAAGGCACUUUGUAACUCUUUUUUUGGGGGGGGGGGUUUAAGUCUACUUUCAUGUGGCAUUAUUACUUUUUAACUUAAUUAUUUAAAGCAAACAACUUCUCUUGAAUCCUGCUUGGUUUUGAAGCAUGUGUCACAGAAGUAUUAUUUCUGUAAGGAGAUGGCAAUAAGGUAUAGAGCUUAGAAAAGGACUCUUAGGCUGCACUGUGGGGCUUGCUUGUGUUUUGAUAGAGAUGUCUUCUUGUACAUGUUUGGGGGAAAGGUCUUCAACUUAGCCCAUAGGCUUUAAUCUCAUAGUUGGCAUUCUCUGGUCUACUUGAUGAUAGAAAUGUAACCUCUUGUCACUUUAAGGACAUGAGGAUGUGACUCUAGUGUAGCUUUGUGUACCCCAGCCAUGGAGACUACUCAGGGGUGGUGAAAGCUGAGAAGCUGUGUGAACACACACAGAGACUAGAUCUAGCAAAGCAAAGCUUUGAGGACUCCAGACUUGAAUGUUGCUUAUGUCUGUGUACACAAGUCAUGCUGGUGAUUUAAUUCUAUUUAUUGG